UUUGCGGCUCAAUCCAAGAUGGCGGACAGAAGCAGAAAACGAAAGAUAGAGACUGAUAAAGAUUCCUCGGAAGCAAAGGUAGCAAACGACUCUCCAGUGAUCGCAGCGUUUCAACAAUUCCAAGAAGAGCUAGAUUUGCGCCACGACAAGUACGAGCGAAUCGUGAAGUCUAGUCGCGAUUUGACCAUACAAAGUAAACGGGCUAUUUUUAAUUUGCACCGCAUUGCAGGGGCUGACAACUCUGAGAAAAUUAUCCAUGAAGUUGGAAGGAAACUACAUGAAAUCAAGCAAUACCUGAAAAAGAUUGCUUUAGAGCUGGAGGGGGAAGACCCUUUCCGUUUUUCAAGAGCGUAUUCACCCGGUCUGCAAGAGUACAUCGAAUCACUCUCAUUUUACUACUACCUCAAGAACAAAACACUUGUACCGUUUCAAGAAGUCGUAGAAAACUGCACCUUUCCGGCAGAGGAUGGUAAAGCACUAAAACUUGAGGUCCCUUUAUCCGACUAUGUCCUUGGUAUAGCAGAUCUAACAGGAGAGCUCAUGCGUUUUUGUAUGAAUUCGACUGCUAAUGGUGACGGUGAUACGCCAUUCACGGUCUGUCAGUUUAUGAGAGAGGUUCAUGACGAGCUCGCGUUAUUGGAGUAUUGUUGUAAAGAUAUUGGUCGUAAGUUGGGCGCCCUGAAGAGUAGUCUUUACAAGGUUGAACAUGUGUGUUACACAUUACAAGUGCGGAGAUCUGAAUUUCCACAGCUAAAUGUUGCUGAUUUGCUUAAGUGUGGUUCAGGAAUGGAAAACAUUAAAAUGCAUGAUCAGUAGUGACAGAAAAGAUGUAGAUCUAGGGAGGGGUUGAACCCCUACCCCUCUCUCCUAUGGGGGAAAAGAAAUGCCAUAAAAUAUGAAACACG